AUGAACCAAGAACAACCAAGCAAGCAUGUUCAAGACACAAUUAAGGAAUUGAAUGCUCAAGAAGCGGCCACCCAUCCUCAAACCUCCUCUCCUAAUGCUCAUAGCAAGGCCGUCGCUAGCCAGAAAGAACCCGUUGGCGUUCAGGGGAUCGAAUCAAGCCCACUAGGGUCACGGACAGAGCAGCGAGGGGAAAUCACCAUCGGCGAAGCACUCGAGGCAACUGCUCUCACAGCCGGCCACCGCCCUGUUGACUACAGCGACGCUGCUGCCAUACAGGCCGCUGAGGUCAGGGCCACCGGCCGUACCAAUAUAGUACCCGGCGGUGUCGCUGCGGCUGCUCAAUCCGCAGCUACUCGUAACGCUCGGUUGCGUAGUGACGAGGAAAAGACCAAGCUCGGAGAGAUUCUUUUGGGUGCGAGUUCAAAGCUUCCGUCGGACAAGGCAGUGACACGCAGAGACGCAGAGGGAGUGAUCGGCGCUGAGCUGAGGAACGAUCCUAACCUCUGCACCCGCCCGGGUGGCGUAGCGGCCUCCAUCGCCGCUGCAGCCAGGCUUAACCAAAGCAAUGCUUCUAAUAAUAAUCAAAACAAAACCAACAAGUAACACAAAACUUCUAAUUUAGCCAUCAUUUACAAACUGCAGGUGGCCUAAAUAUGUGACAAAGAUCAUAGUUGGUUUUCUUUCAAGGGAUUGUGUAUAUAUUUAUUGCUAGUAUUAUUUUUAGUUUCGCUUUAUUUGAUAUAUGUAGUGUAUAUACACGCCAUCCUUGGCUUGUUCUUCUUCCUUUGUUCAUCACUUGUGUUUUCAAGUUUGUAUAAUUCAACAUUUUUCUAUGCAUUGACUAAUUGUCAUUGAGCUUAAUAUGUACAGUUGAAUAAGAAAAUGUGUGUGUCUUCUGCUUA